ACCUUUUUUGGGGGGGACAGGUGACGCCUCAGUUCUCAGGGUGACACACUUUGUGUUUGAAAGUGUGUCACUCUUUCUCUGAGAACUUGCAUCACCACACACUUCAGUCCGACAUUGGCCGCUAUCUGCACAGGACAAACAUUCCAGCCGCGAGGACAUAGAAGCCGAUAGAAAACCCAAAACAAAGCGGCCGGUGAAACACAGCCGUGUGCGUUCAUGCUCGGAACUUCUGCACACCUGAUGGACAACACGGCUCAUCUUCACAUGGCAGACUCGAGUAGAGCUCCUUUCCAGAAGCUUAGAUUACAGCAAGGACGCCAAUAACUCCUCCUCUACUCUCAAAUCCCCUUUUAUAAUCCUGUCGGAGAUGUGCCGGCAGCACAAGGUGUGUUGUUUGUACACCGCUCUUGUGAAGGUGCACCUUCUUUUCAGCUGCGGGGAAGUGACAUGGAAGGGUGUCUUAUUUGAGUCCUGAGUCAACACCAACUGUCUGGGCUAACAUGGUAGACGUUGUGUCACCACACACGAUGCCAUCAGAAAGCGAGGUUCAUGUGGCGAGGUGCUUUCUCACCAAGAUUUUGCGAAGCUCAAUGAGGAAGAACCGCUUGAAAGGAAAGAAUGAUUCGAGCUCUCGGCCUCAUACCUGGCAUUCCUCCAAGCUGAAAGAGGAGGAGUCUGAGUCCCCUGGGAGAGAGUCGACCCUGGUGGCAGUGUGGCAGCCAAAAGAAGCAAGGUCCAAUGAGUCAUCCUUUCCAGUGGACCAGAAUAACAGGCAUCUGCUAACUGCCCAGCACAGUCCAGCGAACAGCAUGAAGAAACUUGAGCGUCCGGCUCAACCGUUCGCGGCAGAUCUUUCUUCCCCAACUAAGUACACCAGCAACACUGAGGCUCUCAGCGGUACACAAAGCAGAAGAGGCACAUUCAACUGUUUCUCCAGUGGAUCAAGCCCUCACUUUUUAGAUCCGAGCUUGCUCAGCAGGAAGGGAACGAGUAUUGAAAACAUUUUUUUCAAGGGUUUUGGUAGUGGAGGAACUGUUACAGGAGAGCGCCCCAAGUACUUGCAGGCUCUUCACUUGGAGGGGUCAUGGUUGGAGGGGCGGAACUCAUCUCGAAAGUCAGGUGAGCUUAGGCCUAGCACUGGACCCCUGUGGCAGGUACCAGAAAGGAAGCCCCAGUCUUCUCCUCCCUCAUUGCGCAAUGACAGUUUUGCUUCCACAAAGGUGUUCCCUUAUUUUGAGGGGCCUGAGAGAGAUCGAAAGAAUCAUGACAGGUCGGGUGAAAAGCUGACUGAGAGUAACAAAUCCCAUGUGGAAAAGGAGUUUAGGCGCAGCUUCACCCCACUGUCUGACAGGGAGUUACUCCAUCUCAGCCACACCCAACCACGCCCAAGCAAACAUUUCUCCUUGUCUAGCACUGAUAUUAGACCGUCUCAUUACAAUAACACACCUGACCACUAUAGGCAAUACAGUGAUGAGCGUCCGGCAUGCUGGGCUCCUCCCACCAAUAUUCAGAGCAUUGGAAGUUACUAUCGCAGUCUACAGGAUCUGCCGAUGAAGGCAUCUGGCUGUAAAGAGGUCUGGCAGUCCUCAGCGUCCAUUGCUACUACAACCCCGAAAAUAGAAAAUAGUGAACGCAACAUAUACUCAAGCCUGGUAAACAAGAAGACAAAGCACCACAAGGAAAAUAAAGAUCAUAGUCGCUCUCUAAGAAACGUUCUCCUUGACCAUCAAAGUUCUGAACGCUCUCACUGCCAUGACACUCAGCAUGCCAUAAAGAAAACCGGAGGGCAGACAAUUUUCGCAGCUCAUCAACAAAAUAAGCAUGUCAGCCUCUUUAGACUCCACGACCCCUGGGUGCCUCAAGAAGACCACAGAAUAUCCCCUUUGAGGACUCCAUUGCUUCACUCUCUGGCAAAGGAGAGUAGAAUUCAGCAAACAGUGAGGCUCACAAGUAUUGUGUCACCCCAGGAUGUCUAUGACUCCAUGGUCACCAGCUGUGGUCAAGUCAGUCGGCGCAGUGACCGGUACGCCACCACCCUACAAAGUGAUGUAAGGGAGAAGCGAGCUCAGCUCCAAAAAAGCUGUAGCGCCGCAGCGCUGACUUGCAAUGUUCAUGAUGCGGACCUGGCGGAGUGGAAAUCCACAGAGAACAUUACAUCAUGUAGUAUCUCCUCCUCAAACACAUACAAAGAACAUCUGAAAGAGGCGCAGGCCAGGGUUCUGAAGGCGACCUCCUUCCAGAGACGUGAUCUAGACCCCCUUGGAGUAGAGGGACCAGCCAUCAAAACCGCCAAUGGUCGCGUGAGAGGGUACAAGCGCCUUCCUUUGAACAAGCGGAUGUAUUCCUUCUCAGAACCAGACAAGAUAGACAAGCUAGGGAUGGACAGAGAACAUCAGGUUUCAUCAUUUGACCAAAUGAAGUCGUUAGAGGCCAAGCCUACAUUUUCUAAGCCAGUUAAGCCAGUGUCAAAGUCUAGCACAGAUCUAAACACAUGUGAAGGCGACACAAUUGAAACCAAGAACAUAACUUUAGCAGGAGAGGCUCAGGAGAUUGAUUUGUCAGCGGAGGUCAGUCGCCUUAACCCCCCAUGGGAGGAGGUCCCACAGGACCAACAAAGACUUGGAACCUUCGCAGAGUACCAGGCCUCGUGGAGCAAACCGAAGAAGACAUCUGAGGCCAAGAUUAAAGGCAGGUAUUACUCGGCAGAGAACAUCUUGGAUACCGAAGCUGAAGCUGUGUGCUUCCAUGAGAGAUCCAGAUCAUCUCCUUCUGCAGACUUCCAUACUCAGAAUAGUCCAUCCCAGUUGAGAAAUCCCCAAUCCAAGCAAAGGAAUGGCGGAAACCAGAGCCCAGUUCCAGGCACACCUGACUACCAGACAAGCCAGGACCCUGUCCACCCCGCCUAUAUUGCGGCCUCCUCCUGCCCUGGUAGCCUGGGUCCAGUUCUCGACUACCAGCACCCGGAAAAACACCCACAAGCCAAUGGUGUGUCACCAUCCAAGUCACAUUUAGGCCCAGAAACAACAUCCCCAUUUUUGCUCUCGGCUGAAGCCUUUGAAAACCAAGCGAUGCUUGCGCCCGGAUUGGUCUUGGGCACCCGGCAGUACGCCUCUACUGAGAGAGCGACCCCUGCUGACCAUCCUCCCUUCUGCAGGAUGCCUGAAUUUAAAAGGAAUAAGGAAGAAGCGGUGAAAAACAAGAAGUCAGCAUCGUCCACCUCAGAAAAUCAAGCUCGCUCUCCUUUGCCACAGUUUUCCACCUUGAGGCUGACAGACAAACAGCCAACUGUGUCCAUGCAGGAGGACUCAACUCUUAGGUCUGAAAAUGACUCCGAGCUACCAGACCCACAGAUUGUCCAAAACGAAAAUAUCCCUGAUUUAUCUGGCCAGGGGACAAUAGUCCCUUCGUCAGACAUGCGCUGGUCUCCUAGCAGCAACAUCUUUGGCAUCUUCAAGCAGCCCGCUGAUGUCAUCCCCCCGCAUGAGAUAUCGCCUGCCUCACUUUCGGUCUGCAGUCAACAGCCCACUAAGGACUUGGGACAAGGCUCUAACCAAGGCAACAUUCUUGAGUUAGGUCUAACGGGGGAAGAGGCCAAGAGAGAUCAGCUGGUGAGGGACAUCAUGGGCAAAGACAAAUCCCUGGUGGAGAUCCUAGAUCACAGUGGAAGGAAGACCACUAUGGAUCUGAUGGAAGGAAUAUUUCCCUCAGAGGAGCAGAUCUUUGAGGGGGCCUUGCAGCGCAGAAAAACCUCCAAUGGUUCCAGGCUACCCAUCACAAGCAGGAGGGAGGAAGACGACGUCUCUGCGGCAAGCUCCCUGGUACCCAGCUCCUCCUACUACAACACGUCAGCUCCAAAAGCGGAGCUUCUUAUCAAGAUGAAGGACAUGAAGGAACAACUGCAGGAGUCUGAAGAUGAGCUGGACGUGGACCUGGCCAGUAAAAAGCACAAGCUGAUUUCCAGCUUGGCGAAGAAGCUGGAGGUGCUUCGAGAAGCACGACGUAGCCUGCAGGAGGAUGUAGAAGACAACGAGGCUUUGGGCCUUGAGGUAGAGACCACGGUGCAGCGUCUCUGCUUGCCCAACCAGCUCGACAAGUUCCGGAUGUUUGUGGGUGACCUGGACAAGGUCGUGAGCUUGCUGCUGUCGCUGUCGGGUCGCCUUGCCCGGGUGGAGAACGCUCUGAACAGCCUGGAAGAUGAAGCGCCCCCCGAGGAAAAGCGCACCCUGACCGAGAAGCGCAAAGUGCUAAUACGUCAGCAUGAGGAUGCAAAGGAACUGAAGGAGAACCUCGAUCGCCGGGAGCGUCUGGUCUCCGCCAUCAUGGAGGACCACUUGGACACGGCCCACCUGGAUGACUAUCGUCAUUUUGUAAAGAUGAAAUCUGCCCUCAUCAUCGAGCAGCGCAAACUAGAAGACAAGAUCAAGCUGGGCGAGGAGCAGCUCAAGUGCCUGCUGGACAGUCUUCCACUGGAGCAGAGGCCAUGGCUCUGAUACCUUCUGGAGCCCGAGUAGAGAAAUAAACACUCCACGGGCAUCUGGACUGGUGACACUGGCACGGUCCCUAAAUGUGCAAGAGCAGAUAGAAACAUAAAACCAGUGGAUUGAGUUAAAACUUUGCAAUUCAAACAAAAUGAGCUCUCGACAUGAGACUCUGUGUGUCUUAAAAAAAACAUUCUUCAAAUGAUCUGACUUUUGAACUUGAGAAUCUUUAGUCCUUUUUCACCAGCCGGUAACUUUUUGUAUCAGGUAAAAUAAAUCUUAAUAUGUUAGACUGACCAUACGUCCUCUUUUCACCGGACAUGUCCUCUUUUGCGGAGUUUCUAAAUGCCUCAAAUGUCCGGCAUUUUGAGUUAGGGUUGCGUGUAUUUUCAAUGUACGUUCAGGGUUAAGAAGGGGUUAAAAACAAAACAAACAGCAGCAUUGGUGAGGGAGGGGCAGAGACAGAGAGAGAGAGAGAGAGAGUUAUGAUAAACACGCAUGCGUCGCCAGGCUCUGCUUUUUAUCCAUAGAUUUAUCACAUUUCAUUUUUAUUAUCUAUAGUGUCAAAAGUGUGCCCCCGGAGGCCAUUUGCGGCCCACAGCUAAUGUUUUAAAGGCCCACGGCACAUUCUAAAAAUACUAUUUAAAUAAACAAAAACAUAACAAAAGUGAAAUAAAAAGUUUAAAGGUGAAAUGUAAUUUAUAAAAAGUUGCAAUGUUGACUAUAAAACAAAGCUGUUUUUUUUUUAAAUUUCAAACUCAUUGCUCAAAACAUAAUAUUGAAUCAAAAUCAAUGUUAUUAUGAAUUAUUGACCUAUCCAAGGUUCCCAUUACUUCACAUCAAAUAUUCCACUAAGAAAAAUAUUUUUGGUGGAAGAUUUUGCACAUUUUCUGUGUUUGCCAUUAAAAACAUAGUUUUGUUGACAAAAAAGGGUGGAAAACAAACAAAAAAACAACAUAAAAAAAAAAUAGAUCUGAUAGAUGUUAACACCUACAUCUUAUUAUAUAAAAACAUAGAAAAAACUACCAGCAGCGGUAUAUCUUGUGUGAUGACUGUAUUAUGAUGAUAGUGUAUAUGAUAGUAUAUAUCUGUAUCAUGAAUCAAUUUAAGUGGACCCCGACUUAAACAAGUUGAAAAACUUAUUCGGGUGUUACCAUUUAGUGGUCAAUUGUACGGAAUAUGUACUUCACUGUGCAACCUACUAAUAAAAGUCUCAAUCAAUCAAUCAAUCAAUCAAAGAUCCAUGAAGGAAAGAAGAAAGUGAAUGAAUGUUUAUAACUGAAUACAUUUACAUAUGUAUACACAUUUGUUUUCUUUUUUUAUUAUUUUUGAUGAAUGAAGUAACGUUUAUGACAACCUUUUUCCAAAACACAAUAUAGAAUGUGAGAUAUUACAGGAUGAUGCAUACGUUUAUCAUUUGUUUUCAAAACGCUUACAAAAAAGUGGGGCCCCAAAAAUGUACUGUGGGACCCCAUUUUUAUGACUUGAUGGGGUCCCUGGGACCCCAUUUUGAAAAUUCCUAGCGCCAACACUGCCGUCAACAGAGGAGAAAAAAAUGCUUUAUUUAAAAAAAUAUAUUAUUUAUAAAGCAAGUUCGAGUAUCAUUGGCAAAUGUUCACCUAGUCCCGGCCUUGGCACGCAUAUAUGUGUCCUCUUUUUGGGGUUUCACAAUAUGGUCAGCCUACAAUAUGUGUUCUAAGUUCAGGGUAAUUUAUUGAAAACCGGCUGGUGACUGACAUAUAGGGGAGUGGUACAACAAUGUUUGUGGUAUCCUACAAUAAGAGAAGAAUGCAGAUUUGCCCAGUAUACAACAUUGACAUUUUCUGAGUAUUUUAUUAGAAGAAACUUACUACAAUGCCCUAUAGUGGGAACUAUGGUUGUACGCUAAACCGGUACUAGUAUAGUAUGGCGGUACUAAUGAAUCAAAAACGGUACUAUACUCUGUUUGAAAAGUACCGGUUCCCCACUUAUUUAUUUAUUUAAUGGGCAUGACGGCGCGUCGUCAGGUCGUGACAUUGCUGGUUUUAACGAGCAGAGGAGCAUGUUCGGCAGCGCACACACACAGAGUACUUACAAGCAGACACAGUGUGUAGACAGAAAAGGGAGAACGGACGCAUUUUGGCUUAAAAAGUAAAGAUAACGGUGAAGUUAUAACACUGAAACACCCUCAGGAAGAGCUGCUUUAAGACAUGGCUAGCUAGCUAGCUAGCGGCUAACAUCCAUCCGCAGUCGGCAGUGUUUUAGCUACUUCUAAAUCACUAAUCCGCGCUUCCAUGGCGACAAAUGAAGUACGUUUCUUAUAAGUAUUAUCACUGGAGGACAAGUAAGAGCUAAACAUGCUUCACUACACACCGGAGGAUACAAUAGCUCACUGCUAACAGCAAGCUAGCACCCCUGAAUGUAAACAAAUGCCAUUGGUGGAUCUAAGCCAAACAUCCACUGUAAUGAUACCAAGUACAGUAGCGUAUCUAGUUGAUACCACUAUGAUUACUUUGAUAUUUUUUAUCGUCGCAAAUUUAUAUUAUGUUUAUAAAGUCAGGAAAUACGUCCCUGGACACAUGAGGACUUUGAAUAUGACCAAUGUAUGAUCCUGUAACUUCUUGGUAUCGGAUUGAUACCUAAAUGUGUGGUAUCAUCCAAAACUAAUGUAAAGUAUCCAAACAAGAGAAGAAUAAGUGAUUAUUACAUUUUAACUGAAGUGUAGAUAGAACAUUUUUGAAACGGAAAGUAAGCAGAUUAACAGUAAAUGAACAAAUAGAUUAAUAAUCAAUUUUUACAGUUUGUCCCUCAUAAUGUGUACAAAAUAAUAGGUGUAUAAAUGACACAAUAUGUUACUGCAUACGUCAGCAGACUAAUUAGGAGCCUUUGUUUGUUUACUUACUACUAAAAGACAAGUUGUCUAGUAUGUUGACUAUUUUAUUUAAGGACUAAAUUACAAUAAUAAACACAUGUUUCAUGUACACUAAGAUGUUUUGUUCAAAUAAAGCCAAUAAUGCCACUUUUUGGGGUGCCCUUUAUUUAGAAACGUAUCCAAUACUCAGUGGCCUAGUGGUUAGAGUGUCCGCCCUGAGAUCGGUAGGUUGUGAGUUCAAACCCCGGCCGAGUCAUACCAAAGACUAUAAAAAAAAUGGGACCCAUUACCUCUCUGCUUGGCACUCAGCAUCAAGGGUUGGAAUUGGGGGUUAAAUCACCAAAAAUGAUUCCCGGGCGAGGCACCGCUGCUGCCCACUGCUCCCCUCACCUCCCAGGGGGUGAACAAGGGGAUGGGUCAAAUGCAGGGGAUGGGUCAAAUGCAGAGGACAAAUUUCACCACACCUAGUGUGUGUG